UACCAUUGGAACUGGUCUUCGGCAAUGGAAGAUGACGUAAAACGGGUACUCGAGAACACAAGUACGGUCAAGUCCAGGGUCUUCCGUAAGCUAGCGUCACUUUGGCGGAAACAGCUGAUGAGGAAACUGUAAACAAGGUCCCAGUGUGCGGGUCCAUGCUCUAGUUCAGGCGGUUGUCAUUGGUGUUUUGGCAGUAACGUUUAUUUUAUACAACCCAUGCUGAUUCUCAGCGGGUUAAAAUCGCAGUGAAAUACGAAGAAGUGCACCGCGAAACACUGUACCACAGCGACAAGAAAUGGGGAAGUAAUUAAGGGAGCUGCUGUGCUGGGGAGUUAAAGCUGAAGUCUACAGAAACAAAGAGCGUUUGUACGUGACAUGCUUGAGUGAACCACCUGCAAUAGUGCAAUGCUUUCGACUCACUCACCAGAGAACUGGCCUGAACCGAAAGAAGUGAAACAGUGGAUAACAAGCAAGAUAGCACUGUCACUCAAAGCCCUGCAGAAACGCUGCGUUACGACAGACACCGUGGUGACCAGCGAGGAUGCCGAUGCCAAUUUGUUGUGCUGUGCCCUGGAGGCAGUGUUUGUCCAUGGCAUUAAGAGCAAGUACAUCCGAGCUGAGGGCAGCGGGCGUGGCCGCAAGCCCAGUGGCCGGGGGCCCCUCCCCCAGCCAGUAUUUUGGACCCUGCUGAAGACUAUCACUCAUCGGGAUGUGAUCCUGGAGCUGGAACAGCUGAGCUUCAUCAACAGCGAUGUCGGCCGCUGCCGGGCCUGGGUGCGUCUGGCGCUUAAUGACGGCCUGCUGGAGUGCUACCUGGCCUCUCUGCUGCGGGAGGACUCCAAGCUGACCAGCUACUACCAGCCCGGUGCCCUGAUGCUGGAUGCUGAGGAACGGGAGGUGCUGCUCAGUUAUCUGCAGGGCCUGACCUCGCUUUCCUUCCAGCUGUCCUAUAAGAGCGCCGUGCUCAACGAGUGGACCGUCACACCGCUGGUACUGGCUGGCCUCUGCCCCGCCAUCAGUGACCCCCAGGACGCUCCGCAGCCGCCCCCGUCCACUGGGGUUGCCCCCCCGCAGACACAGGUGCGCAAGGAGUCCUGGGACACGGCGUCGCAGUCCUCCGGAGGCUCGGACGCUGUGGAGGUGCAGCAGGGGUUGGGGCACAGGAGGGGCGCGGGAAGCAGGGGCCAGCUGACGUCCUCCAGCCUCAGUCUGGACACCAUGGGGUCCUCGCAGCUCUCUUCCAGCCUGAGCUCUGACAGCCUGCUGCAGGGCAAUGGCCACAAGAGCCCAAGCAAGGAAGGAUGGCCCACAGAUCUGGGGAGGACGGCUGCUGGAGAGGAGCACGGGAAGGACCAGCAGCCGAUGUCUCUGGUGGAAUAUGAGGACGGCGUGCGCUCCAGUCAGGACUCCACGCAAGAGGACUCCUGUCUGUCCAGCCUGGCCCCAGACCACUUGUCGGAGGCUGCGACGUCCAGUGGUUCGGAUGUCGAGAUGCCCAUUGCGGCACCGUCUACCCCCGAACCCUCCAUGCUCGCCCAGGAUGAGGAAGCGCCUGAGGAGGAGACGUCCGCUGCUGCCCCCGCUGUGCCAAGUGACCCCCCAGACACUGAAGAACUAGCUCCCCCACUCGUCACUGAGGUAUCUCCAGAUCCCACCCCGGAGCCUGUGGGACCCAGCCAUGCCAGGGAGGACCUCAGCAGGAAGGCGUCUGUGGCCUCGCUCCACUCCCCAACCACUGGCCAGCCUAAAUGGUCCUGGAUCUCUGAGGAUGACUUCUACAAGCCUUGCCCUCAGGAUGAGAUAGAGUCCGAUGGGGCGCCGCAUACCGACACGGACCUACCAAACGGAACGCUCAUGCCCCCCACACCCGUGGAGGCUGAGCCGACUCAGUCCCCCCCCAGCGUGGUGCACCGCAGGCAGAUCGGCCUGUCCAAUCCCUUCCGUGGGCUGUUGAAGCUGGGCCACCUGGAGAGACGUGGCACCGUGGGCCUCUGGAGGACUUACUACUGCGAGCUGUCACCCUUUGAGCUGCGCUUCUACCUGGAUGCCGAGGAGCGUUCCUGCUAUGACAACUGUUCCCUGCUUCGCUGCGAGGACGUGUGUGUGGCCACCGCAGAUGGCCGCUUCGAGCUGGCCUUCCCCGGCAAGCGGCUUCUCCUGCGGGCGCCCUCCCACGACGAGGCCGAGGACUGGGUGGACCGCAUCGUGGAGGCCGUGGCCAAAUGCCGGCCGUCCCGCCGUGAUGAGCAGCAGCAGUCGCCAGAGGCCAUCUCGCCGCAGGACACCGAAGCCCCCGUCUCCUCGCCACCCAUCCUCAAUGACGCCUCCCCUGAAGAACCCGAGCUUGACUGGAUGCGGCCCACGGAGCUGGAGCCGGAAGCCAUCAAGGAGGCAGUGUUGUACCUGUCCCAGGAUGACCGGUCCUGGAUGCCCUUUAUCUUCUCCCUCUCCUUGGAGGCGCUGAAAGUCUUCCAGGUGCAGGAGGGCCGCAAGGCCCUGCGCUUCACCCAUGCCAUUGAGUCCAUUCGGGAUGUGGUGCCGGACACUUCUCUGGGCAGCCCCGCCUUCUUUCGGGUGCUCACGGCCCGGAACACCCUCAAGCUGCGGGCCGAGAGCGAGGAAGAAGCUCACUCCUGGAGGGGACUCAUCCGGGUGGCCCUGAACUCCUACCUGGAAACCUGUGACGGCAGCACAGCCGCCAGCGCCCCCACGGGGAGCGGUAAUGCGCACAGGCUGGUGGAGCACAGCCUCAGGGAGGACGGGGGGCUGCUGGCCCACCUCUACAGCGUGCCCACCGAGAAAGGGCUGGACGCUCAGAACUUCAGGUGUGCAGGUUGCUCCCGACAAAUAGGCUUCUCGUUUGGGAAGGCCAGGCUGUGUGAAUUCUCGGGCCAGUACUACUGCGAGUCCUGCCACCACGGUGAUGCUGUCGUCAUCCCCUCCCGCAUGGUGCACAACUGGGACCUCAUGGUGCGAGAGGUCUCAUGCCCAGCCCUGAAGCUGCUGGCCACAGUGUCCCUGGAGCCCCUGCUGGACCUAGAUGUGCUGAACCCGGGUCUAUACCUACAUGCGGAGCCCAUGGCACGAGCGCACAGCCUCCGGCAGCGGCUGCGACUGCUGGGGGACUACCUGCUCACCUGCCGCAGCGACGCCAUCAAGCGGAUCUGCCCAAAACUAGAGGAAAGGAACUACCUCCUUGAGACCUCACAGCUGUACAGUGUGACCGACCUAUGGCAGAUUGCAGAUGGGCAGUACGAGGCCUUCCUGCAGAACCUGGUUCAGUUUGCCUCCAGCCACAUCUACCAGUGUGACCUCUGCACGCAGAAGGGCUUCAUCUGCCAGAUCUGCAAUGCCGGCGGUAUCAUUUUCCCGUUUGAGUUCGAGACGACCACCAGGUGCAAAGUAUGUAAGACUGUGUCCCACACAGCAUGUAAGACCCAGUCACCUUCCUGCCCCCGCUGCCUGCGCUUGCAGAAGUACCUGGAACGUGAGAUGGAGGACUGACAGGCCCCCUGGCUACACGGCGCCCCCCUCAGUCAGCCUCCGGAAGUGCCGUAGUGUACAUUUCGGCUGUGCGCCCCGGGGUGAACGUGGCCAGCCAAGCCUUAUCUCCAGAAGCUCCAAGCUGCCAUCUGCAUGGAGGAAGGGACAGGAGGAGAAAUCAGACCCCCCAGAGUGCCCCUCCUACGGGAGAGUUUCAUGCUCUAACUGCACGUUACCUCUUGAGUAGUCAGAUGCUAAAAGGGGCUUUUGGGAGUUUAGGAGACUCUCAGGAGGGAACCUGUCCUCACACUACACCUUCAUCAUGUGAUGGGUCUGGCCUUCAACUCACUGACACUUUAGCGCAUAGGAAAUGGGCACAGCGUUUAAAGCUUAUAUGGUUUUUCAUCUGCUUUAUCCGUAUGAAAGCAAAAACCAGGGAUCUUAAUUAAAACUUGCAAACAUUAUGCAACUUCUGUCUUGGACAUAUGAAGACUGUCUUAGGGUAGCAAAGCAUCCCAUGCAGCGCUGACUUCCUCGGCGCGUUUUGUCUCUGCGUGUCCUUUUGUACUUCAUUCAUACUUCGCAACUUGUCGGUGAGGCAGAAUCACUCAGGCUGCCCCGUAAAGUCUGUGUAAAGUCUCCUCCAUCUGUUGAAAGGUGGAGUAAAUGUUAUGUUAUUGAAGGUUUUCUAGUUUACAGAAGGGUGAUGUUAGGCUUUUUAUUUUUAGCAAAGUGUUAAUCUCAGUUUCUCGUGUUGUUUUUAUUUAUUGCCGUGUCCUGUUUUUAACAAUUUUUCUCACCUGUUUCUCAUAGAUGUUCACCAAGGUUUCAUUGGGAUUAAACACCUUUAAUUAGAAGGGCCAGCACUUAAUCUAUUCAAACCCAUGCAUAAUGUCAACAGUUGAAGACUGUGCCUUUGAACCUUGAUUGUUUUACAUUUGUCACUUUAUUCUAACAUGAUGCACAUUGAAUGUGGUGCUGUUCAGCAUGCAAUUUUACUUACAUUUACAUUGUGCCAAAAAAGGGUAAAAACAGGAUAUUUGAAACUUCAAUUGUGCAGGUGUGUAUGUGUGCACACUUUGUGGUGAAUGUUCAUAUUGCUCAGAAGAAAACCACAUUUGUAUUUUUAUUUUGCAUUUGUCUUAAGUAAUUUUGUUGCUUACUUGUAUAUAAACCAGUAUGAAACCUUUGAAUAAUUAUUUUUAUUCCACUUAGGUAAAAUGUAUUAUUUUGAAAGGGCUUCAUCCAUCUUCUAAGCGGAGAAGGAUGUCAUUCUGGUUUGCCACUGUUCUGUCAUCUUCUUAUUCAGUUAUGUUUCUGAGUCUGUUUUGGACAGCAACUACCAUCCAGACUAAAACAAUUACUUAAAACGCAGUUUGAACUUCAGUUUUGUUCAUUGUGAAAGCAUGCUUCCAUUGUCAGACGUGUUUCUUUUGACUUGAAGUGCAUUCAGGAUUACAGGUUCUGCGUCAAAAUAAGUUUUGGAGACAAGACUAAAUGGGCAAAUGGAACUCUGUUUUCACAGUUAUCAAAAAUGAACUUCCUGUCCAGAAAGCUGCAGCAUGUGUACUUAAAGGGGUCUGCAAAACCUUAAUUAGCUUGGUGAAGUACUCUGUUAGAGAAUGCAGUAGAUCAACGCACCUUUGCAAUGGGUUAAAUAACCUUUGAGUGAAUAUGGUUAGCAGGCAUUGUUCUAGAUCAGUGUUUCCCCAUCCGGUCCUUGGGGGCAGCCUGUCUGUCCAUGUUUUCGCUCUCUCUGAGUUUCCUACCACAUAGUCCAGAUUUUUGCUCCCCCGCCCGGAUUGAAAAACACUCUUCUAGACCAUUCAGUCCUUGGUGGAAACUUGAUGAAGAAUUGGAGUUGAAGCUUUUAAUGUAUUGGUGAUACCAGUAUGCCUGACUGUGUGACCUACAGACCCAUAUCCCUGCAGAAGGCCUAGCUGCCAAGGGACUCCUGCCCUUCCCAUAACAGAAACACCAAAGAUUCUCGACGAGCCAGAAAGGACAGAUACACAGGGUAUAAAUGAAGCGCACACGUGGUCUUAUUCCUGGACCAAAAUAUGUUUAAAGGGCAGACCUGGCUUGCUUUAGGCUAUGGAAGGAAGUGAAUCUGUGUAUAAACUCCUAUUGCCUGUUGGAAGAACUUGUGUCAUGCUUGUAUGAAUGAGGUAACAGCAUAGCAAAGGUUUGUAUGAGCACUGAUUACAUUUUUUAAUAUAUAUUUUGCCUCUUUUUUAGUAAAGUGGUUAAUUCCAUUUUAAAUAUGAAUAUAAAGAUGUAGGAGUUUUAUUCAUCCUUUUUCUAUUUUACCGUUUCUGCAGCAUAAUCAUGUUAUUUUUCUAUUUUAAUCGACCUCAAAAUUUUUUCUUCUCAAAGCCCAGUAGGGGGCAGCACUCCCUUGUGUAGCGUUUCUUGCAGCCUUGUGUGAGCAGAGAAUGAACUUCGAGCUCCAGCCUGUUCUGGUUUGGGCUGGAUGGCAGAGGAGGUUUGGCUGUGGUUGGUUGCACUAUGUGUGCUUUAGACCGAACGGAAACUGGUCUCUGUCUGCAAGAACGAAAAAGUCUGAUUGUGGGCGGGGCCGUGAAAGGAGUCUGACUGUACUGUUGCAAGUGUGCAAUUUGACUGCUUUGGGAAAUUAAUUUUGUAAAGAGUUUUAUAUUGCUAUUAAAAUCUUGAAAUAUGUA